GGUUUGUAUAGUGUCUCUCUGUAUCUCGUCUUCGAAGUUGAGUAUCGAUAGCGUGCAGGCUAGAAGCUGAAGCACAAGCUCGAACCUACAAUUAACCAGGAUGAUGGAGACCGAUCAGCCUCCAGCCAAUCGUGCGGCGAUAUCAGCUUACACAUCCUCGCACGCCAUCCUAGACCGGACCUCGCGAAGUCAACCUCACCCAGAGCUUCGACCUUCUCUCCACCACCGAACACCUCCGCCUUGUAGCCAGCGCCUGGCUGCAACGGUGAACGACCGGCCCUACGAUGUAGCUCGCUUCGUGAAAGAGCACUCGAAGGAAGAGACGGUACUAUACCUUGCCUACGGCAGUAAUCUGGCAUACGAGAAGUUUCAGGAUCCCAAUGGCCGUGGUAUCAAGCCACUCGCUCAAAUCAAUGUUCAAGUGCCAACGUUGCGGAUGACCUUUGAUCUCCCUGGAAUUCCGUACAUUGAGCCGUGCUUUGCGAAUAGCGCGAUACGCGAACCAGAGCAUCGGCCUUUUGGACGUGAUGGGGUGGACGAGAAGAGCUCUCUCCUCCAUGGCAGUAGCAGGAGUCAAGACUACAGGAAAGACCGCUGGCACAAGGGCUUGAUAGGUGUAGUAUAUGAGGUGACGGCCGCAGACUACGCGCACAUCAUAGCGACAGAAGGAGGCGGAGCUUCAUACCAGGAUAUUUUGGUAGACUGCUAUCCACUGGCUAAUGAUCCUCGCGAUGCUGUCCCGCCCACCCCAAUCACAGCGCCAUUCAAGGCUCAUACACUGUUUGCGCCAGCUGCGCCAGACGGAGAGGAGCCACCAAAGGACGGUGGACGAUUUCAACGGCCCGACCAAGCCUACGCGCAAGCAUCUGCACGCUAUUUGAAGCUGCUCACAGAUGGCGCAGAGGAGUGCGAGCUGCCCUACGAAUAUCAAGAAUAUUUGCAUUCGCUUCACGCCUUCACCAUUACCACGAUGAGGCAGCGAGCGGGACAGGCGGUGAUGCUUGCCACAUGGGUACCGCUGGUGUUGCUAUUGUUUCAAAUUGCCAAACUGUUCGCAGACGAGAAUGGAGUGUUACCGGACUGGCUCAGCGGCGUCUUUGGGGUCACGUUCAAGGCAGUGUGGAUCAGCUAUGAUAUGGUGUUGAAGCCCAUUUUCGGGGAAGGUGAGAGGACUAUUGGCGAUGUUGGCGAUGCUGCCGAGCAGUUGAGCCGCGAUGGAAGCUUCGAUAUCGAGAAAGCGGCAGUGACCAGCAACAUGAACAGAUAAUGUGACAUGACGAGUGUGAAAGUACGGUACCCGUUCGUUCUUUCCAAAUUUGUGCCUCAGCAGGUAAGGCAGGCGCGUGGCCAGAGUUUAUCUUCAUCUUCCACCUCUCCAAUUCACCAACUCACCUCUGACUUCCGCGCACCACGUCCACCGCUCAUUACUUCACUUCUACACGCAAUGGUCGGUCAUGCCAUAUGAACUCAGCCGUGUCGAGACCAGUACUGCGAUCAAUAUCUCCUACAACUACUCUACCAGUCCGGCUCUGGGAACAGCAGGUCGGCAAGUCCAGGGCGCUCAUACAGAGGCCGCCGCAACAGAGAUCACCGAAGCUUCUUCAACACAAGUCGUCGAAGACUCGGUCGAACGCUCGCCAUUCACCGCGUGCCCCAAAGUGCGAGAAGACUUCGAUGAAGAUUACGACAU